AUGGCAUUCGAGUGGGCAUCAUGGUUUGAAAACAACCACAUCAUUGUCCAUGCGGCAGACUUGGAACUGAACCCGCCCCAGAGCUACCUAUUUGUCCAGGACUUUCUCAUCAUUCUGUGUGCCCUUCUCUACUGCUUCUGCUAUGUGUUUUACACGCUUCGCACCAAACGCGACCGGUUCCUGGCCGGACCCGUGGACUUGCUGUUCGGCAACUUGGCCUACGAGCUGUACUAUCCAUUUGUCAUGGCGCGCGGCAAGCUCGAGCUUGCAGGAUGUCUCGUCUGGCUCCUGCUGGACGUGAGGUUCGUAUAUACCGCCAUCAAAUACACCUGUCCGCCCGGGACGCGCCUCAAAGUAGCCCUGCGCUCUACGCUAUCCACGCUCGCCCUGACGGCCGUCUACUACCUGUUGGGGCUGUACUUUCCCGACGACGGCGAGCAAGUCACGGCGUAUUGGACAGGCUGGCUGCUAGAGCUGGGAAUCGGAUGGUGCGAAGUGCUCUACCUGUGGAAGCAUGCACACACAAAGGGCCAGUCGCUCGAAAUCUGGUGA